AACUAGCGAUCAGAAUGAUCGCCCAAAACAAUGUCCGAAGCACUAAUAAUGAUCCCGUAGAAUCGUCUGAAUCAUACCCAAUUACUGGAGGAUCCAACGGUGCGGGAACGUCUCGAUUGUUUAGACAGUUUGGAAGCCUAUUUUCGUCUCCUGCUCCACCGACAGAUCCGGCCGGCUAUGUCGAGUUCGGUAGCAUCUCCGAUCCCGUGGCUAAUUCUGGUCGCACUUUGGGCACGUUUGCUGGCGUGUUUUGUCCCGUAGCAUUAUCAAUGUUUAGUGCGUUAGUGUUUAUUCGAGUGGGUUUCAUCGUAGGCAAUGCUGGUCUCUACGUUACGCUGCUGCAGUUUAUCAUCGCUUACGUCAUUCUGCUUUUCACCGUUUCUUCCGUCUGUGCGAUUUCGACCAACGGCGCCGUUGAGGGUGGUGGUGUAUACUUUAUGAUAAGCCGUACAUUGGGACCGGAAUUUGGUGGCUCGAUCGGAACGCUUUUUUUCCUGGCCAACGUUGUAGGCUGUGGUUUGGCAAUUUCGGGAUGCGCCGAAGGCAUUAUACAAAACUUUGGCCCCUCAGAUGGUACCGGCAGUGGCACAAUUCCAGAUGGCCGGUGGUGGCGUUUUCUAUACUGCAGCUCACUCAACACUCUGAUGCUAAUCGUCGUAUUGAUUGGUGCAGAAAUGUUUGCCAAAACUUCCAUGAUGAUUCUUGGUGUGGUGGUCAUUUGUUUGCUCUCCACUUACAUCAGCUUUCUCACCCAGGGACCGAUGGAAGUUAGCAUACCGCACGAGAACAAUUUGGUCAACUUCACCUCAGCAGCCUAUACCGGGCUACAGGCGGACACGUUGUGGUCGAAUCUGCACGCAAACUAUACGAAGGAUUACACCUCGAACGGGAACCAGGUGAAUUUUGCCGUUGUGUUCGGUGUGUUGUUCUCGGGUGUCACUGGCAUUAUGGCCGGUGCAAACAUGUCGGGAGAGCUAAAAAAUCCUUCGAAAAGCAUUCCAGCGGGCACCCUGUCGGCCGUACUGUUCACAUUCCUGUGCUACAUGGCCCUGUCCGUACUGAUAGCGGCUACCACAACGAGCACUCUGCUGCAGAACAAUUUCCUCUUUCUAGGCCCGAUCAAUCUCUGGCCAACGUUUGUGACGAUCGGCAUCUUGACAGCGACCUUUUCUACCGGACUGAGCAAUUUGAUUGGCGCUAGCCGCGUAAUGGAAGCGCUCGCCAAGGAUCGUGUGUUUGGGCCGCUGAUGAGCUUUGUCGUGAAGGGCACGUACAAGAGUAAUCCAAUCGCUGCCGUAAUCGCCAGCUGGGUGCUGGUGGAAGCAAUCCUGCUGAUUGGUUCGCUCAACACGAUUGCACAAAUCAACUCGGUGUUAUUUAUGCUUUCCUACCUGGCGACCAAUCUGGCCUGUCUAGGUAUCGAGAUUACGGGGGCACCCAACUUCCGUCCGACGUACAAGUAUUUUUCUUGGCAUACCGCAUUUAUCGGUCUGCUCGGGACCGCCAUUAUGAUGUUUGUGAUAAACUCGAUCUACGCGUUGUCCAGUAUUAUUUUAUGCCUUUUACUUGUGAUUGCGCUGCACCUAUUUUCGCCAGCCUCACAAGGCGCACAGUGGGGCUCUAUUUCGCAGGCGCUGAUGUUCCAUCAGGUCCGCAAAUACCUGCUGAUGCUGGAUUCGCGAAAGGAUCAUGUCAAGUUUUGGCGCCCCCAAAUGUUACUGCUCGUGUCCAGUCCGCGCUCAUGCUGUCCACUAAUUCAUUUCGUGAACGACAUGAAGAAGGGUGGUUUGUAUGUGAUUGGGCACGUGAAGGUAGGCGAAUUCGUGGACAAUGAUUCAUCCACUGAUCCAACGAUCGAGGAAUACACACAGUGGCUGUCAUUGGUGGAUCAUAUGAAGGUAAAGGCAUUUGUGGAGCUAACGCUGUCGAGAAGUGUGCGGGAAGGAAUACAACAUCUGAUACGUAUCGCGGGCAUGGGAGCAAUGAAACCGAACACCACCAUCCUCGGAUUCUAUGAUGAAGAGCAAUCGAAGGACUUUUUUGAGUAUGAGGAUUCACCUUAUAAAACGAAUGAGUUUGACGGGAACGGGAUUAAGCUGUUUCCGUAUCGGAAAAGCGGAGAGUCCAAAUCGCUCGGAGUGGUCGAUUACGUACGCAUCAUUGAUGAUGUGCUGAGGAUGAGGAAAAAUUUGUGCCUGUGUCGCCAUUUUCAUCGAUUAGACAAACAAAUGAUUGCGCGCAAUAACCACAUCCGCUACAUCGAUGUGUGGCCAGUGAAUAUCUUCGAGCCGAAGAAUGAGGAUCCGUUUGAUGUCGUUUCGCAGUUUAUGAUGCAGUUGGCCUGUAUCAUAAACAUGUUGCCGGUAUGGAAGAAACUGGAACUGCGUGUAUUUCUAUGCGAAUCUGAAACCUUGUCGGAGAAUAGCGCUGCCUUCGAACGUCCGGCAGAGCAUAGACUUGAUCAACGGUUAAAGUUGUUGAGAAUAUCAGCAUCGAUCCAUAAGAUUCCUGAAUGGAACAAGGACAUUGAUUUUGCAAAACAUCGCACUAUUCUGAAGCAGUUUACUGGCAACAGCGAUAGUAAUCAGAUGAUGGCAGAGGAAAAUAUAAAUCGCUCUAAAUUGUAUAUGCAAAGAAUCAAUCAAAUAAUACGGGAUCGAUCUAACGCAACGGCUGUGACCUUUAUGUAUCUUCCGACACCGCCAGCUACUCCAUCCGUUGACUAUAAGGAAAAGUGUCACCAUUAUCUCGAUCUAUUGACAGAGCUUACGUUCGACCUUCCCCCAACAAUACUGGUGCAUGGUAUUGAUGCUGUGACUUCAACAACUCUGUAGGUUU